GACUGGCCGUAGAGCCGGGAGAAAAAGCCGAUGACAGGCUGGUAACGCGGCGCAGACGGAGCCCGCCUCCGUCGUCUACUUCCGGAAUUUAAAACUGGUUUCCGGAAACCAGAUGAUGUCCCCAUGACAACCGACGAUGGGGCUUCGAGACCCUGGUCUUAGAGGAAGGGAAACAGCUCUGAUUCUGCGAGACUAGACACUUCUCCCUCAGUGCUGGGGAGCUGUUUUCUGGGGAACUGUGGAAUGUGCCCUUGGGCUCCCCAGAGAGCAGAAGGAAGAUGCUUCAGACCAGUAACUAUAGCCUGGUGCUCUCCCUGCAGUUCCUGCUGCUGUCCUAUGACCUCUUUGUCAAUUCCUUUUCGGAGCUACUCCGAAUGGCUCCUGUCAUUCAGCUGGUGCUCUUCAUCAUCCAGGAUAUUGCUGUCCUCUUCAACAUCAUCAUCAUUUUCCUCAUGUUCUUCAACACCUUCGUCUUCCAGGCUGGUCUGGUCAACCUCCUAUUCCACAAGUUCAAAGGGACCAUCAUCCUGACAGCUAUGUACUUCGCCCUCAGCAUCUCCCUUCAUGUCUGGGUCAUGAACUUACGCUGGAAAGACUCUAACCGCUUUGUUUGGACGGAUGGACUUCAAACGCUAUUUGUAUUCCAGAGGCUAGCGGCAGUGUUAUACUGUUACUUCUACAAACGGACAGCUGUGAGACUGGGCGAUCCUCGCUUCUACCAGGACUCUUUGUGGCUGCGCAAGGAGUUCAUGCAAGUCCGAAGGUGACCACUUCUUGUCACACUGAUGGAUGCCUUUCCUUCCUGAUAAAAGCUACAUUUGCGGCUCUGCAGAGGGGGUGAUGGGCCCUCUGCACAGGAAGCAACUUGACUUUCCUUGGACAGGCUCAGGCCAGUUUCAUUCAGCAGUCAAAAAGGAAGAUGUUCCCUCUUGCAAAUUAAAGUGUUGCCCAGUACAGACUCCAGGACAUAAAUAAUUCCUUCUUGGCCUCCUGCUUUGGUUCUAUCCCCUUUCCUUUCUGUCCCAUCUCCCUCACAGGAGCUCUGUGGCUUUAUUCUUAGGGAGCUCACACUUAGCCUGUACAGAUGUUCCCAGCACCCACUUGCUUUGCAACACAUAGGUGACUGAAUGAUACACAGGGACAUUUCUGUACUCUUGACUGAUCACACCUUGGACAUUUAGAUUUUAUACUCGAAGCACUUUUUUUCAUUUUAUAAGUAGGAAAUAAAUUGAAGUCUUUUUCCAUAAAUGGCGGAGUCUAUCUGUCUAGCUAGCUCUCUUCAUAGUUAAGAGGCAUGCCAUGGCCUAGCCUUAGCAUCUCCUUGACAUAGUAGGCAGAUUGGGCCACAGAGCAAAUACAGAUAUUUAUUGGGUCCCAUUAUGAGUACAAGAUAUUUUUGCAGAAAUUCAAGAUGUAAUCUGACGCCCCUGCCUGACCCCUGGAGUUCCAGACAUCUGUGCUUUAUACAGACUCCAUCUCCCUGUCAGAGCCCUGAACUCCCCUGUUUUGGCAAAAGAAAUAAUUUAAAUUCAUGUGCCCAUAUUAUCAGUUUUCUAUUGCCAGAAUACACUUGCCAGACUUCAGUAGCAUUUAACAAUAAACAGUUACGUGACCCUUAA